UUCAAUUUCUAUUAUAGAACCCUGGGUAAAGAGCCUCGUUUUCAAGCUAAAUUAUUUAUACACUGGUCGCUUUUCCGUUAAAUUAUACUUUCUUCUAGGGCCAAAACUGUAUGUCUGAUUUCUGUACCCUAUCCUAGACUAAACUGCUUGAAAACCAUACCUUUCACAGCGGCACACGUCCAUAUAACUUAUAUGUGGGAGUACCCCACCUCCGGAGAUUUUGCUAAGUGACGCCACAACACCUUGUCCCAUGUCAUUAGCACGUGCGACUUCGAGACAGGCAGAGAGCAGAAUCUGGACGGAAAACUCACAGUCGAUGCAAGUUCCUACUGUGUAUUCAAAAUCCGCGAGUCCGCUCAAUUUAUGGCAAAAGUCCGCAUUCCGUGCGCUCUUUAGAGGGCCAAAUCAGCCCAGAUCUGUCGAUCUGCCAAUGUACUCCCCUGUCCCCCUCUUUACCCGGUUCUUCUUGAACAACAUGCAUGUGUAUCUUGUUUUUCUUUGACACACGCAUUUGUUUCAUUCGCCACGCGCUUGGCACGCGCUCGUCUGCCUCAAGCCACAAACGCACCACGCGCUCUCCGCAAACUUCAAACGUAAAGCGAAAUAGAAAUGGAAAUGUUUACUAUGCAUUCCUAGAGAAUAAAAUAGAUUCAAGAUUGUCGCCCAUAACUGAUAAAAGAUUUAUUCUAAACAUAAAUGGACGGAACCGUUGGAUUCGAUAAAUUUCGUGAGAAGGAUCGAAGUGACUUAGUCCUAAAUGGAAUUUUUACGGUAUGGGAGUCUUCGUUAAUUAUAUCUUUUUUCAUCAGCGAUGACGAGUUCCUGUCAACACGUGGCCACAUUUAUACAGCGGUCAACUAUAAUUAGUGUCAAUUAUGAAUUGAAAUUGUUAUGUUUGCCAAAAAAACCCAUCCAGUCUUGUCCUGAAUGCAACACCUUCGCCCUAUAAACAAAGGUUUCUUGACGUCAUUUUACCUUCACGAAUUCCAAGACUUUUCCUUUAAUUACUCCGUUACCAAAGGUUAACAAGCUUACGUAAGUUUUAGAAAUAAGUCAGCUCUCCUUGUGCCAAAUCCAGGGUUGCGAGCAGUAGGAAAGAUCGAAGCGACUCUGGUUGUUUGAUCAAAUUUUCCAUCUUUGGGAUUUUUGCCUAUAAAGUUGCAACAUCUACGAGUUUUUCCACGCUUAAAUUCGUGAUAGCUUUGAAUUUUCUACAAACCACUUUUGUUAGCACAUUGAGGGAUGUUACCUCGUUUUUGACAUUUUUCAAUCUCCGACCUUCUCGCUGCGUUUUCAUUGUGUUUCCUGAUGUGAGAGACAAUUCUCAACGCACACAGUUUGACCCACGCGGAGACGCAAUGACUGGAACGCUUAACUUUAUAAGCAUUUUUAAAAAGGGCAAAACUGUUUCACGAUGUGCUAUUUUAUUCACAAAAGAUUCUUCUAUCAGUGUUGGUCGAAAUGUCUCCAAACAUAUAACCGAUUUAUUUUGGAUCUCUCGGAAAAAGCCAAUCGAAUUCCUGUUUCGGACCCUGUGGCUGGUUUCCAACAGUUUUCACCGUUUCUGUUUCACGUCUCAAUUUCAUUCCGUCAGCGAGUCACCUCAUCUCACAACGGGAGCGGCUGGAUUAUAAAGGCAAGCGGACGGACUUUAUAGAGAAAUUUAAGCUUCAUUCUUCGUCGUUGCAAAGCACGUUUUGUGGUUAGCGGUGAAUUCAUUGAAGUCGAGUGGCGAUUUUUAAUUUUAUGAGCAGUUCGCGCGCGUUAGAGAAACAUCUGAAGAUGAGCAGUGUUUUCAAGAUCUCUUUCAUUGCUGUUUUGUUGAUGGUUGUUCUUCUCACGUCAAACGGAUGCAAAGCUACAAGGACAAUUUGGACAGGUGAAUAUGGAUAUGACGAGGCUCGUACCAAUAAUGAUGAUGAUGACGAUGGAAAUGAUGAUGAUUUCUCUGGCGAGGCUGCGGUAGAUGGAAACUGGGGCCCUUGGAACAAAUGGAGCAAAUGUGUUCAAAACUGCGGUGGAGCAGGAAGGAAAAGAAGAUUAAGAUACUGUAUCGAUCCACCCCCGGAACACGGAGGAAGGCCCUGCGAAGGGUAUGGAGUCCAGACACAACGGUGUACUACAGGCAAAACCAAGCUACCCUCAAGUCGUAUAGUUGGUGGCAAGGUAACUUCCAUUCAAAACUGGCCGUGGCAAGUUGGGCUCCAGUCGCCUCACGAUGGUUCCAUCUUCUGCGGCGGGUCCUUACUCAACAAAGAAUGGGUGGUAACCGCUGCACAUUGUGUGGAGAAUUUUGUUGGCAGGAAACGCGGUUGCGUCGACUCAGACCCCAGACGGCAAUUUAAGGUUGUCUUGGGAGAAUCGGAUCUAAAGAAAGUUGAAGGAAACGAGACAUAUAGUUAUGUUUCCAACAUUUGUGUUCAUCAAAAAUACAACGAUCAAACUAUGGACUAUGAUAUCGCCCUCUUGCACUUAAGCAAAGCAGUCAACUACACCGAUUCUGUAAGCCCCAUCUGCUUGGCAGAUUCAGCGCGUAAUUAUUCAGCCAGUGCGCAAUGCUUCGUGACGGGAUGGGGUCAAAUAGAGGAGUCCGGUCCUGUAUCAGACAAACUGCGUGUGGCCCGGGUCCCAAUCAUCGAACGCAGCAGGUGCGCGAAGAUGUAUAAAGGAAGCCGCAUUACAUCGCGCAUGCUCUGUGCCGGGUAUGAGCAGGGUCGGAUUGACAGUUGCCAAGGCGACAGUGGAGGACCACUGGCUUGUCUGGAAAACGAUAGAACGUUCGUAUUGGCUGGGGCUGUCAGCUGGGGCUUUGGAUGCGCCCAGAAGAAGAGACCUGGGGUCUACACAAACAUCAACUGUUUGCGUUCGUGGAUAGCCUGUAACCAAGGCGACUUGACGUCUUGUGGGCGGUAGGAUUGUGAAUAAGCCUCUCCUGGUAACAUGGUGCUUUCUCAAGGCCAACUGAACAAGUUAUUAUAUCCAAAGCUUGCCGUGUAGUUUAGAAGAGUCAGAAUUGCAAUAGCGAUUUAAUAACACUCCCUUAAACCUUAAAGCUAAAAAAUGGUCAACACACAAUUUCUGGUAGAACAGUCGAUACAAUAAGUAUUACUCAUCAGUAAUAUUUUUUUUGAAAAUAACGGAGACAAUUCUCGCGUGUUCAUUUUGUGGAGAACUACAGUCAAUGAGAGUAUAGACCAUGGCAAUAGCCUAACCCGUAACUCUUGAGGAAUCUUGAGAUAUCAUCACAAGUUUUUCCAAUAAGUGAAUCAGACUUAAAAUGACGUUAACUGCCUAUUGCAAGCGAAUUUUCACAGGAAAUCGUCGGCUUCUUGCAAAAGUGAAAAACUUUUAUAUUUUGCUUGUUAUUUGCAAUUUUACUGUAGGAAAAAAGAACGGACUGAACAAAUUGUGCAUGAUCUACACUCCAUAAAAAUGGCGCCAAAAAUGUAGAAGGUUUUGUAGUGGAAAAUCUCGCUUGCAACACCUGAUUCCACUUGAGUUAUGAACAUUUCAGACGUUAUUUCCCAGGUCUCUUAGAGUGUAGCCGGAGAACAAAAAAGUUUGAUCGAUUUGUUAAAUAUUCUCACAAAAUAGUUUAAUUUUUCUCUUGAUUUACUUUCUGAAGAUGGAUACUUUUAUUCAUUGUAACUUUUUAUUGUUCAUACUUUUUACUAUACUUAGUUAUUUUAUAAUUACUCUUAGAUUCUUAGCAC